UGUUAGUUGCUCCCAGGCGCGCAGUCGCGUUAGAGUAGCAUGGCAGCUCGCCAAAAGGACGUGAAAAAGUCGCGAAAGUCCGGCACUUCUCCGUACUGCUGCGUGUAUGGCUGCCAUAAUAGCUAUAGGAACACUGUUGGAAAACUACCGCCUGUAAAAUUCUACCGGUUCCCAUUGAAAUCAUACGAAAAUGAAAGAAGACAACGUUGGAUCACGGCUGUGCGGCGCGCAAGCCCGAACGGCGAGCAGUGGCAGCCGGUGCGGAAUCAGACGCGCAUUUGCAGCGUCCACUUUGUUGGGAACGAAAAGAGCUCGAUAGCUCAGCACCCAGCGUACGUGCCGACAUUAUUUCCCUCGUGCUACAAAAAAGAUGAUGGUGUGUUGCCCAAGACGAAGCUCGAGAGGUACCAAAGGCUUCAGCGGCGCAGAUCGUAUCUGCUAGUCGCUAAACCACCGUCAUCAGUCGAUCCACCUGAAAAUCCAGACAUCGAGGAAUCCGUUGCAGGCUCACCGCGAGACGCACCUGAAGUGGCCGAUAACACGUCCAACAGAUUUGUCUCCGUGGCGACUCAGACAGAAAAAGACUCGUCUCUGGGACCAUGCAAUCUGUUUCUUUCUGUCGUCACCCAGCGUACUGCUUCGACGCAAGUGUCACAUGUCAAUACCAUCGACAAAAGUGCGCAGGCGGAAACUGCAACGAGCUCUACAGCAAGUGGCCCUGAGGAGCGCAGUUGUGUGUUCCUUGGUUAUGACUCCUUGUGUGGAAGAGUGGACGCUUUCAGAGAACUAUGUGGUGUGAACGCAAAUGUUUUUGCUCUGCUAAUGUCUCUGUUUUCGUCUGUGGUUGUACGGUGCAUUGAUGUCCCUGUGCCACAAAAGUUGGUGAUAUUUUUAAUGAAGAUGAAGCUUGGCAUAUCAUUCGCAAGCAUAGCCGUUCUUUUUGGUCUGCAUCGAACAGCUGUCAGCCGCAUAUUUUUUUUUUUGAGAAAUCUUCUGUCCUCAAUGGAACAGUUCAUUCCCGAGCCGUCACAGGCUAACGUAAGAGCAACAAUGCCAGCUUGUUUCAAGCUCCAUUAUCCUAACUGCCGCUUCAUCAUUGAUUGCACAGAAGUGAGGACAGAAGAGCCGCCCACUGUAGAGCAGCGACGAAGCUUAUUUUCUCAUUACAAAGGGUGCUACACGAUAAAGUUUCUUAUUGCAAUUUUGCCGAAUGGUGCUGUGACAUUUGUGUCAAAGGCCUAUGGAGGUCGUGCCUCAGAUACGCAUAUCACACUCGAGUCAGGCUUCCUCGACAGGAUUGAACCAGGUGAUGUCGUCCUCGCUGACAAAGGUUUUCCUGGUAUCAGAGCACCAGUGGAAGGCAGUAAAGGAAUUGUUAUCUUGCCCCCUUUCUCAAGAGGUAAUGUGCAGUUUACUCAUGAGGAGCUGCAACAGACAUACCAUAUUGCACAAGUACGCAUUCAUGUUGAACGAGCAAUCCAGCGCAUCAAGAUGUUCAAUAUUGUUAACGCACGUGUUCCUAACGACCUGAUACCUCAUAUGAGUGACAUUAUGCGUAUGUGCUGCAUACUUGUGAAUUUGCAGCCAUCAAUCUUAAGUGCACAAAGGCAUGAAAACACUCAAAAUUGAUGCUUGACACUCAGCUGCUCACUGCUGUAAUUCAGCAUAAGAUAUGCUUUUCUUAAAUACCUUUAAUUAUUGUAGGGUAUGCUCGAUUCAUUGCAAGCUCUCACAGUGUCAGUGUUCCAUCUGCAUUUAUUUGUGAAAUAAGUAGAAAAGCUCGUCAAUUGACAGGGGU